GCGACGUCACGCUUCGAAGAUCCCAGAACCAUCGCGAUCGUUUCGGCGCGCGUGUGUGCUGGUGGCGCGUCGCGUACAUGUGUGUGUCACGUGCGACGUGAUCGACCACGCUUCUCCCCGAGCGAGCGUCCAGCGACCCCGCGGCGGCUCGGCCCUUCUGCCCAUGAUUUUUAGGCGCGCGCGAGCCGUUUCCACGUGUCGAAACGGGAGGGACUCCCCUCGACUCGCCAACCCGCCGAGGCCUGCCCGGUCCGUCGAGGACCCCGGUUUCUCGCGUAGACGCGGGUGGAGAUGACUGGUUUCCGCGACAGCGAUUCCCCCCGAGAUCUGCGAGUCGUUAACGAGCAGCCGCCUCGCUAGUCGCCCGAGGAGCGCGGCGUCGUCUCCUCGAGACUCGCCCCGGAGAUCCUCCGCUCGCUUAAUCCCGCGGGAGUCAUGGAUCCCGGCGUCCUUUCGCGGCUGAUACCGCAGAGCAAGGAGCAGGUGCGGCCGGCCUGCAGGAAGUGCGGCUACGCCGGGCACUUAACCUAUCAGUGCCGCAACUUCAUCAAGAUCGAUCCCAAUAAGGAGAUCGUGCUGGACGUGAGCAGCACGAGCUCGGGCAGCGACGAGAACUACGUCACCCCGCUGACGGAGCUGCGGGAGCGCGAGCUGCGGAAGAAGCUGCGGGAGGCGAGGAAGAAGCGGCGGGAGCGGAAGGCCAGGAAGAAGCGCAAGAGGAAACGCGAGAGCUCGGAGAGCAGCAGCAGCGAGUCCGAGUCCGAGUCCGAGUCCGAGUCCGAGUCGUCGACGUCGUCCUCCAGCGAGGAGGACAGGAAGCGCAAGAAGGCGAAGAAGCGGAGGAAGAGCUCCAAGCGCAAGAAACGCAAGAAGCACAGGCGGAACGACAGUCCGUCCAGGAGCGAGCGCGGCAUCGAAAAGAAAUAGACUAAAUAAAUUGUUCACGAGCACCUUUGGCUCGUCCCAGCCUCUUCCGUUGAGCAUUGAACGGCGUGACCAUGGGCGUUUUAGCAAUAGGUUUAACAAUGCGCUCGUCUGUUCUUUUCACCUCGCCGACCUUUGUAAAUAAAAGCAUAUAUUUUUGCACGGACAGGUCUGUCACACGUUUUAUAAAAGAUUCUAUGGAAACUGGAAAAGAGAAACUAAUGUUGAGGGAAUCUUGAGUGUUGUUUUUGUGACAGAUUUUGCCUUACUCAGGGAAGAUGAAGUAAAAGAUAAAAUUGCAAGAAAUGUUAAACAAUAAGAAAUCCAUACGAUUGAUGAGAAGUGAAAAAUUAAUUGUUUAAUCGGCUUUUCCAUCGCAUUCCGUAGAAUCCUGGGUAGUGGUUUAAAAGAAAUGUUACUUGCAAAUGUUUAGAAACGGGGCGCUGUUUUAUUAAACAGUUUCCUUAAAUUCAUUCGAGAAUGACUGUGUUACAGCGAGAAAUAACAUAAACGUAUCUGCGAGAAAUCUGAAGGCGCACAUUCGUUUUCCAUCGCAUUCCAUAGGACUCGACAUAAUGGCCAAUAUUCACAGUCAGAUCUUCGAGAUUGUCUCAAGAUCAUCUAUAGAUAAUCCGUAAGCCAAUGGAAUGUCCCGUACAGCAUCUUUAGAUAAAUUCAAGACUGUCUUGAGUGAGAUCCAGCUGUGAAUACCGGCCAAUGUCUCGCUAAUUUUUAGAAGCGAGGCGUCGCUUAAUCGAACAGUCGAAAGGUUCAAAAGUAACGAUAUUAAAGCGAGAAGUUACAUAAUCACGGUCGCGAUAAAAUACAACGUCGAGACAAGUGUGUUCGCUUUUCAUCGCGUUCCGUAGAACUAAAAAUUUUUAGAAGCGAGGCGUCACUUCAAUAAACGGUUUCCUGUUUGAAAAUUAAUACCGGCCAGUGUCUCGCAAAUUUUGAGAAGUGAGACAUCGCUUAAUCGAACGGUCUCCUAAGUCAAAAAGUUCAAAAGUAACAAUAUUAAAGCGAGAAGUUACAUAAUCACGGUCGCGAUAAAAUGAUGCAACUUCGAGACAAGUUUGUUCGCUUUUCAUCGCGUUUCGUAGAACUAAAAAUUUUUAGAAGCGAGGCGUCAUUUCAAUAAACAGUUUCCUGUUUCGAAAAUGACACAUUAAGGUGCGGAAUGUUCGUGUCUGAUGACGCAAUUUGGGACGCUUGCUCAUUUUCCGUUGCGUCCGCCACAGAGCCAUGGACGUUGUGACUUGCAAGUUUUUAGAAGCGGAGUGUCACCUCGUUAAACAGUUUUCCAAUUCGCUCGAAAAUGUCUUAUUUUACCGAGAAAUAACAAAAUCGCAUCCGCGAUAGACAUAAUGACAACUUGAAGACGUUCCGCAGAACUGGAAAUUUUGAGAAGCAACGCAUUGAUGCUUAAACAAUUUCCUAAUGACCCAAUCUAUUCGAAAACGAUAAAACGAGAAGUAGCAUCGUGCCUCCAAUAAAUAUGAUGUAAUUUAA